UCAAACGCUAUGAUUUUGUUUCAGAGAUAAUUGUAAUGAGUAGCUAGCUACCACUACGUCAGUUUCAGAUAAAAAUCCUUCCUUUCCUUUCCUUUCCUUUUCACUGUGAGUAGUCAACUCGGUCUUUAAGUCAAGGCUCUUCUUCUUCGUUUUCAUCUUCACCGUUUUCUUCAGUUUCAAGCAAAACUCUACUACUCACGCACACACACAGUUAGUAGAAAUGGAGGGUUUCACUGAAGGUUCCACAGUCGAGGUCUGGAGCAGGGAAGAUGGGUUUCAGAACGCCUGGUUCUCUGCCGUCAUUCUCGAACCGCCGUCCCAUACUCUCACUCCUUCUCUCUCUCCCGUCAAGAAGAAGACGAAGCGUACCAAAAACGACAGCUCAAAGGUCGUCGUUCGAUAUCUACACAUGCUCGCCGACGACGGCAAGAGGCAUCUUGUUGAGAGGAUCGACAGCUAUUUCGUCAGGCCAAAUCCUCCUCCUGACACGGAGCCCGAUAAGCCAUUUGCGCAAAACGACGUCGUUGAUGCCUUCCACCACGAUAUCUGGUGGACCGGAGUCAUCAUCAACGUCGAAAACGAUAACUAUACUGUUCGCUUCGCUAUCCCACCUGAUCUUCUCUACUGCAACCGCUCUCAGCUCCGACCCCACUGGGAUUGGGUCGAUAAAAAAUGGGUUCGGUCUGGAAAACAGGAAAUAAAGUAUUCGAAAUUCAGACCAGGAACAGGAGUGGAAGUGAAACUGAGUACUGAAAAUGAGGGCCUUGCAUGGAUCCCUGCGGUUGUGAUUGGGGAAAUUGAAGGCUCAACUUCUGUUCUGGUGAAGUAUAAGACGACAAAUAAAGAUUAUGCUGAGAAAGUUUCUCUAGUACAACUGGAGAUGAUUCGACUCCAACCUCCAAAAAUGGGUGAGGAUGAUAAAGAUUUUGAGUUGUGGGAGAAGGUGGAUGCUAUUUGUGAUUUGGGUUGGUCAGUUGGAGAGGUCACUAAAAUUCUUCAAGACAGAAAGUAUGUUGUUGCUGUUGCUUUUGGGGUGGAGAAGAAGGAGAUGGAGUUUGAUCACACCCAACUGCGCUAUCACUUGGAUUGGGUUGAUGGAAAAUGGGUUAACGAAUCAAGGGAGAACCUAUCUACACCAGUUAGUCGGCAAAAAUCAACAUGUGAUGAAGGUAGAGGUAUUGGGUCAUCGACCUUAAAUGGAAGUUUGGGUUGUGUUACUGAAAAAGAAACAUCUUGUUCAACAAAUGUGCAUGACAAUCAAAUGUCCCCUGGUGUUGAUAAUUCAUCAACAUUUGAACUUGAAGAGCUCCAACUCUCAACUGCAGGUAAGGGGUCUUGUGCACAAAUGGUAAAUGGCAAUGAUAAUCUUAAAUCAAACCAAGUAGAAGAACUCGACGAUCCGGGCAGGUUAGGGGAGCCUCAAAAAGCACCAGUCUUUGAGAAGACCAGCGGCGCGGCUUCUUCUCAGGAGGGGGGUCAAAAUGACAAUGGAGCCAUUUGUGAAAUAGACAGAUAUGCAGAACAAACUGAGGAUAGCAAUGUGCAAGGAAAAGGAAGCCCUCAAAAUCUUCCCGUUGUGAAAAGAUCUACUAUUUGGGAAUUAGUAGAUUCAUUAGAAGUGUUCAAAAAAUUGCCACAGAAUCCUCAGUGUCAUUUGGUGAUGGCAGGCAGUAAAAUUGAGCUUGAAGUACUAGCUUUGACUAAUAAGGUAAAGUUUGCAUUUGUAAUUGACCAGAUCUCCAACAUGCAAGAAGCUACUACAACGGAUACUGUUGAUUCCAUAAUAGAGCAAUUGACCAAAUUGCAAAAUAUGGGAUUUGAUGUGGAGUUACUAAAGAAUUAUCUGAAUGAGUUUAAUAGACUCAAACUUGGGUUAAAAGAUGUUAAAACUAAACUCAUGGAUCAUAUUGGCUGUCACACCAAUGAGAAGUCAUUUUGAUUUUCAUUCCUUGGUGACCCAUCAUGGAGUUUGGUAAAAGGCCUAUGUUUUGGUUAAGUGCUAAGUAUGUAAUUAUGUUUUGGUUAGUGCUAAGUAUGUAAUUAUGUUUAACUAUUAAGGCCAGUUGUUGUUUGUAUAUAUCAUCGGGUAUCUUAGGUGUUUUUGUCUGUGAUAUAGUACCUGGGUAGUUAUUAGAGUUCUUGUAAUUAAAAUAGCAAGUUUGAAAUGAAUAUUAAAUCAUGUUAAUGAGUUUGUAUUAUGCUGAUUUUGUUUCU